AAACAUAGAACCAUAAACAAAACAAUAUUGCAAAAAGUUCCCUAGACGAGCUUCAGGGAAUUACAGUGAACGGUGCAACAAAGUGAACAGGGUCGUCGUCGUUGCGCGGAUGAUAAGCGAGAAAGACACCGAAUUCCGAUAAUCAAUUCUUAACUCACAUAAAGACCUAAAUCGAUAUCAUCGCAAUUGAAAAUCAAACCACAUACACAGCGCAAUGGAUCCCCCACUCCAAUUUUCCUCUCCCCAAAACCCCAACCCCAACCCCAACCCCAACCCCAACCCCAACCACAACGUGUUCUUGGACCCAACCUCCGAUUCAAUCCCAAACCUCCUCCAAAACCCGAUCCACUACCUCUCCUUCUCCGUCCCCAAGAAACGCCGCCGCGGCCGCUCCCAGCGCAAUCCGGCGUCGUUUCGCCUCCCUCCUCUCACCACCCUCCCUACCGCCGCCAACCCUUCUCCCUCAGCCUCCGACGAAAUCAUCUUCAUCAACAAAGAGCCCAAAACCGAAGCCCUAAUCGCCCUCACCGCUGGGUUCCCAGCGGACUCCCUCACGGAGGAGGAGAUCGACGCCGCCGUGCUCCCGGUCAUCGGCGGCAUCGAGCAGGUCAACUACACUCUCAUCCGGAACCACAUAAUUGCCAAAUGGCGCGAAAAUGUCUCCAAUUGGGUGAGUAAGAAAACCUUCCUCGAUUACAUUCCGCCGCAUUACCAUUCGCUUUUGGAUUCUGCGUAUAACUACCUUGUCUCGCAUGGUUACAUCAAUUUCGGAGUGGCUUCUUCGAUUAAAGAGAGGGUUCCCGCGGAGGCGAGCAGGCCGGCGGUGAUUGUCGUCGGCGCUGGGCUUGCCGGGCUGGCUGCCGCGCGGCAGCUCCUGAGGUUUGGGUUUAAGGUGACGGUGUUGGAAGGAAGGAAGCGAGCCGGGGGGCGGGUUUAUACGAAGAAGAUGGAGGGAGGGAAUAGGAUGUGUGCUGCUGCUGAUUUGGGAGGGAGUGUGUUGACUGGUACAUUGGGGAAUCCACUUGGGAUUGUGGCUAGGCAGUUGGGUGAGUUGCUUCAUAAGGUGAGGGAUAAAUGCCCGCUUUAUUGUGUGAACGGGAUGCCGGUUGAUCCGGAUAUGGAUGUGAAGGUGGAGUCUGCGUUUAAUCGGUUGCUUGAUAAGGCGAGUAGGCUGAGGCAGCUGAUGGGGGAGGUUUCGGUGGAUGUGUCGCUCGGGGCUGCGCUGGAGACAUUCAGUCAGGUUUAUAAGGACGCAGUGAGUGAUGAGGAAAUGAAUUUGUUUAAUUGGCAUCUCGCAAAUUUGGAGUAUGCGAAUGCGGGGUUGUUGUCAAAUCUUUCGCUUGCGUUUUGGGACCAGGAUGAUCCAUAUGAUAUGGGGGGAGACCAUUGCUUUUUGCCUGGGGGAAAUGGGAAGCUGGUUCAGGCUUUGUCAGAGAAUGUGCCGAUUUUGUAUGAGAAGACUGUGCAUAUGAUUAGGUAUAGUGGCGAUGGAGUGCAGGUGACUGCAGGGAGUCAGGUGUUUGAGGGUGAUAUGGCAUUGUGCACGGUUCCAUUAGGUGUGUUGAAGAAAGGGUUUAUCAAGUUUAUACCGGAGUUGCCUCAGAGGAAGCUUGAUGGAAUAAAGAGAUUGGGGUUUGGUCUGCUGAAUAAGGUUGCCAUGCUUUUUCCUCAUGUAUUUUGGGAGAUGGAUCUUGACACAUUUGGGCAUCUUUCUGAUGAUCCAAGUCGUCGAGGGGAGUUUUUUUUGUUUUACAGUUAUGUAACUGUUGCUGGUGGUCCCCUGUUGAUUGCUUUGGUAGCAGGGGAAGCUGCGCAUAAGUUUGAGAGCAUGCCCCCGACAGAUGCGGUCACACGGGUUCUCCAAAUACUCAAGGGUAUCUAUGAACCAAAAGGAAUCACUGUUCCUGAACCUAUCCAAACCGUAUGUACUAGAUGGGGCAGUGAUCCAUUCUGCUUUGGUUCUUACUCUAAUGUUGCAGUCGGAGCUUCUGGUGAUGAUUAUGAUAUUUUAGCAGAAAGUGUGGGAGAUGGUAGACUUUUCUUUGCUGGGGAAGCAACCACUAGGCGCUAUCCUGCUACUAUGCACGGGGCUUUCCUAAGUGGUCUAAGAGAAGCUGCUAAUAUGGCCCACCAUGAUAAUAUUCGAACACUGAAGAUGAAAGUUGAUAAGGCCCCUUCAAAUGCUCAUUCCUGUGCUUCCCUUCUUGCAGAUUUAUUUAGAGAACCUGAUAUAGAAUUUGGGAGCUUUUCUGUCAUUUUUGCUCGGAAGAAUACAGACCCCAAGUCACCAGCAAUCUUGAGGGUAACAUUUAAUGAGGCUAGAAAGAAAUGUCAUGAAGUUGCAAAACAGGACCAACAACACUCAAACAAAUUACUUUUUCAGCAGCUUCAGUCACAUUUUAAUCAACAACAGCAGCUUCAUGUUUACACUUUAUUGUCAAGACAACAGGUUAUUGACCUAAGAGAGGUAAGAGGUGGUGAUGAAAUGAGAUUAAAUUACCUUUGUGAAAAGCUAGGAGUGAAACUGGUUGGAAGAAAAGGAUUGGGAAUGAAUGCUGAUUCAAUCAUUGAUUCCAUUAAAGCUGAAAGGGGCAAUCGUAAGCCCGUUUCAACCUCUCUGGCUCUUAAACCAGGGGUGUCGUCAAAGCUAAAGGCGGCGGGCAUUAUGAAGCGCAAGUUAGUCAGAAGGGCAAAAGUGGUGAGGAAAAGCAAUGGGUCCAUAAAUGUGCGGAGUGCCAUCAAAGUAUCUGAAGAGGUUAAAAUAACAAAUCAAGUGCUUCCUGAUGUACCUGUUUCAGGGAGCAAUCAAAAUGACUUGACAAAUUCAUAAAUGGAUGGCCAUCGUUCACCCAGGAGAAAGACUAAGAUGCCAUUCAACUUGUUCUGCCCGAGUGCUUUUCUUGGAUCAUCCUAUGUCUUGGAUCCUUGGAAGAUUAUCUGCUAUAUCUCUUUUGACCUUUUUCUUAAUGAAUGGUAACUUGCAAGAAAAUGCAAGGGAAAGCCUUGCGCAAAGCAAAGGUUGCUGCCUUGUAACCUAGAAGUCACUGGUUCGAAUCUUGGAAACGAACAACAUCUGUGGGGGCAAGGUUGUGUACAUCUACUCUUCCCAGACACUACUUGGUGGGAGCCUCAUGCACUAGGGUAAUCUGUAAGAAAUAGGUUUCAAAGUUGUGGUAAAUAUAUUUUGUAAAAGAAUAGAUCAUCUUGCAACUAAAGUUGGAGGAUGUUGGCUCUUGCAUGUACAGAGGUAUCAUUCUCUUUGACAUUCUCUUUGACAAUGAAGGCACCAGUCAUCUACUGAAGUUUUCAUUCAUCAACCUUGUGGUAUGUCUUUGGUGGAUACAGUAUCUAUCUGUAGUGUUUGGCUGGAGCAUCCUCACUGCAUUUGUUCAAUAAAGGGAAGAUGGUCUCUUGCAUAUACCUAAAGUGUUGAAGCUGAUGGCUCUAUGAUGCAGCAAACUGGCAUGUUUAUAUCUCUUCUGAAGCAACACCUUGGCUUGGUCUAUGAUAUGCCUGUAAUAGUUAGAUAUGCUUGCCACCCAAGAGAUAUAGGGUGACUUUGUGAAUUGGGUGGCUGCAUUGUGACUAGUCUCAUUAUGCUCGUGCUCAUGUUUCUGCAAGCAACACCAGCCGUUCUCAAUUAGGAUCACAGCUACCUCCUACCUGUAAAGGCAGCCAAUGAGGAACAGAAAAUACCGUUUUUACAAGAUAUUGCACUCAUUUGUGCUUGUUGUAUGAUGUAUGAGGACAUGAAACCGCAAGCUGUAACAUUCUGUGACAUAAGAUUUUGUUAGAAGCUGUAUUUUUUUUUUUUGUUCAUUUUUUUUAGCUAGUGCAUAAAUGUUGGGUGCCACUUUGGUUUUAUGCAGGGAUGGUAAUUGGAUUUGAAUCUAAGGGAUACCUAGAAAAAAAUACGAACGGCCGGGAGGAAAAUUACCCAUUAAAUAGGCUUACGCUCAUGUAUCAGUUUCAAUAUUUUUUGCGACAAGUGUGAGUAUGAUAAUCUUAUUAUCUAA